CCGUCGCCGCUGCAGCCCCGCGGAUUCGUUGCCAGCCAGGGCUCCAUGGACCUGUCGCCGAUCUGGGCCCGGGGUGUUGCGGGGGAAGCGGGCCGCCCCGGCACGCCCUCCCAACCCUGACCGACGGGGCGGGGGGAAUGGGCCGGCUGCAGCCGCGCUGAGAAGCGCCCGCCCGCCCGCUGCUGCUGCCUGCCCUUCCCGGCCCUGCUCGGCCCACCGACCGAGGCUCCAAGCCGCUUCUGGGCCCCGCGGGCCGCACUGACUAGCCCCGGCCUGUCUGCAGCGCGGCCUCUCUGCGUGGUUCCUCCGUCCCGGUCCGAGCCCGGGCCUCGUCCCCAGCCCCGUCCCACAUCCCCGGAGCAUGGCCGACUGCUGGAGGGGGGCCCGGCGGCCCGGCCUGGUGCUCCUGGCCGUGCUGCAAUGGUGCUUGUGCGCGGCCCGGGCAGACAUCGCGAGCCAAGAGUACUACACGGCGCUCAUUAACGUGACCGUGCACGAGCCCGGCCGGGGCGGCCCCUGGACUUUCCGCAUCGACCGCGGCCGCUACGGCCUCGACUCCCCCAAGGUGGAGGUCAGGGGCCAGGUCUUGGCUCCCCUGCCGCUUCAUGGAGUUGCAGAUCAUCUGGGCUGUGAUCCUCAAACACGUUUCCAUGUCCCACCUGACAUCAAACAAUGGAUUGCUUUGCUGCAGAGAGGAAAUUGUACAUUUAAAGAGAAAAUAUCACGGGCAGCUUUCCACAAUGCUAUUGCUGUAGUCAUCUAUAACAAUAAAUCUAAUGAAGAGACAGUCACAAUGACUCAUCAAGGAACUGGAGAUAUUGUUGCUGUGAUGAUUACAGAAUUGAGGGGUAAGGACAUUUUGAGUUAUCUGGAGAAGAACAUCUCUGUACAAAUGACAAUAGCUGUUGGAACACGUAUACCAGCAAAGAACUUCAGCCGUGGUUCUCUAGUCUUCGUGUCAAUAUCCUUUAUUGUUUUGAUGAUUAUUUCUUCAGCAUGGCUGAUAUUUUACUUCAUACAGAAGAUCAGGUACACAAAUGCUCGGGACAGGAACCAGCGUCGCCUUGGAGAUGCAGCCAAGAAAGCCAUCAGCAAAUUGACAACAAGAACAGUAAAGAAGGGUGAUAAGGAAACUGACCCAGACUUUGAUCAUUGUGCCGUGUGCAUAGAAAGCUACAAGCAAAAUGAUAUCGUCCGAAUUCUGCCUUGCAAGCAUGUUUUUCACAAAUCCUGUGUGGACCCCUGGCUUAGUGAACAUUGUACUUGUCCUAUGUGCAAACUGAAUAUUUUGAAGGCUUUGGGAAUUAUGCCAAAUUUGCCAUGUACUGAUAAUGUAGCUUUUGACAUGGAAAGGCUUACCAGAAGCCAAGCUGCUAAUCGAAGAUCAGCACUUGGUGACCUUGCCAGUGACAGCUCCCUUGGCCUUGAGCCACUGCGCACUUCAGGGAUGUCUCAACUUCCUCAGGAUGGGGAGCUCACUCCUCGAACAGGAGAAAUCAACAUUGCAGUAACAAGUGGGCACUUCUUUCAUCGGAACUCUUUGUCCCCUCGAAGCCUGGUUUACGAGAGCGAAUUCUCCAUGAUUGAGCCCUCCUUGGACAUGUAUGAUGACAACAAAACUUGAAGAAACCUUGAUGUUUGGGGUCACUCUUUUGUUGGUUUCUGAUCAUUCUUCUUUUGUAUUCUUCUGUUGGUGUCUUGUCCUGGAGAAGGAGCUGCUGCAUUUCCCACGUGGGGGUUGCGUUUCCAGGCUAAGAUCCAAAGGACCCCCCCAAGAUGGGACUACCCUGCAACAAUGCACCAUUGCACAUUGCCCUUCCAAGGUUGUCCAAACUCACAAGAGGAGUGAGCUACAUCUGGAUACAAGAGGCUUAGCCCUGACUCCCCAGGGUUCAUUGUAAACUGAAGAUGUCUUUUUUCCCCCUAAAAGCCAAGCAUGUACUGCUCUGUGUGAGUGGAGUUUGCCUUUAAUAGUCCUUGUGAUCAAGAAUUCCAUUGUGUGCCCAAGUCUACCAGGUGAUUUUUUGUUUGUUUGUUUUUUUCCCAGCAAAGAGGAUCAUGAGCUGCUCCCUGGAUCUCUCUCCAUUCUCUCCCUUCUCUUUCUGUGAUGAGGCCUCUUUCUAAAGGGACUGGGGAAAGGGCUUGUACCUUUGUCCUUGCCACAUCAUUGACCAGUUGUGUUGCGGGCACAGGGGCCUCUCCGUAGAUCCGUAAUGGGCAGUAGCAGUGGGUGCCAGCAGCAAAGAACAGAGUCAUCCACAUGUUCAUUUUCCAACUUCCAUUUCUGAGCAUGAAGUCACUUUUACAGUCCCUGGAAUGUCGCUCCAGCCGUGCCUGUCAGCCCACAUUCUAAAAGAGAUGGGCCAACAUCCCUGUUCUUUUUGGUUGGUUCCUAAGUAUACUCAAAAUCUCCCGCAGGAUGACCAAUGGCUAGCUGAUUUUUUUCACUGUGGAGUUAAAGCAUCCCAUUCUCCGGUAUGACACCAAAUGCUGACCACUCCCUGCUCCGGUUUGGUAUAACAAGAUUCUCCCUCCUGCCAGUUCUGAAAUUGGGAAUGAAGGCAGCAAAGGAAGAUGAAUGGGGAAUCUUACAUAUAGACAUACCGAAAGGAGGCAUCUUGUAUUUUUUUGUCCACCAGGAGAAAAAGGAGAUGCUGUUUCAAAGCAAAAACAGUAAGGUUAGAGGCAAGAAAGAUGUGUAUGUGUGUAUUUGACACAUAACUGCCAGCAUCCUUUGAUGAGCGAAUCAACCCAACAUAUCUAUGCACCUUUUGCUAUAAUAGUUUAAUCUGCUUCUCCAUUUUAAUCAAAAUUACUGUAUGAGAAGUUACAAAUGAUUUUUGUAUCAUGUGAAUGAAAAUUUGAAUUUCCGUACAUCUUCAUUUAGUUCUAACAGGGAACCCAAAGAAAGGACUCCUUCGCCUGAUUCCUUUUAUGAAAUCUGUAGAGUGUAAAUUGAAGAGGAGUACUUGCUGUUUUUCCAUAUGCAACCAGUCAUUUUUAGCAUGUAUCCUACUCUAUAUAAUGUGUUGAGGCUGUGACUUAAACACAAAUGAAAUCUUUGAUUUCAAACAAAACUCUCAGUGAAGUGAGGCAGUGACUCUUUAGUAGAAGAGCCUUCCCUGACCUAAUUCCACAUCUCUUCUCAAAUAGUUUGAGGCUGGAGCAAGGCAGACUUUUAAAGAAUUAAUAGCUUCAUAUUUUUUUUACUUUUAAUGAGCCAAGUGUAGUCUAGUUGUUUUUUGGGUUUUUCCCCUUUCUUUUUAUUAUAGUCCUUAUACUGUAGAAAUAUUUUCAAUAAAGUGAGUUUUAAACAAAACAUGGUUUUAGCAAAAGAAGCUUGACCUUGUGGGUGGCAGUUUCAGAGCAAAGUCAGCAACAGUCACAGCUCAUUUAUAGGGAGGGGAUAAGGGAAACCAGCCACCCAGUUUCACCCAGAGUCCUUCCUGGACUGGGAAUACAGCUAUUCAUUUCGUUUUUCAAUAAUUGUUGGCUAUGCAGUACCUAGGGAACUCUUCUAGGAGAGCUAUUUAGACUAACCUCUAAUUUCAAACUGAGCCCCGGUUUUGUGAAAAUGGUGUCGAUCUUUCUAUGCAGACACAUAAAGGAAUACCAAAUUCUUCAUUGGAGAUGGACAUGAAAAAGUCCAUAGUGAAGACAUGUAAAUAAAGAGUGUCAUUCCUGACUUCAAGCAAUUCCUUGGACUAAAGGAACUCUUGCCCAGGGAAAACUCAAUUGCCAUUUACACUACUGGACUAAAUGCCUCAUCACCACUCCCUAUGGAACAGAUUAUUCUGAGCAGAGCCAAGCUGGGCAUGUUUUCCUCUCCAGGGGUUGGAUUUGCCCAUUUAGGACUCUUCUCUGGUUCUGCAGUGUUACCAAUUUGGUUCUAGUAUCACCAGCAGAGUGGCUAUCCACAGGAAAUAUGUCCUUCUCAUUUAAGAAUUUCCUUCAAGAAGAGUAGUUGUGCUUGGAGAAAAGAAAGGGGAUGGAGAAGGGGAAGCAGUUUAAGAAAUAGACUGACUCCAGUAAUCCCUCAUUUUUUACCACAUUCUUACUGUCCUUAUUCUGGACCCCAUUUUCCCAGGGGCAGGUAGAAUCAGCUUAUCCAAGUGUGCCUCAUCAUCAGAUAGUUGGCCACCAGAUAAUGAUUUUUUUUUCCAGCCUCAGCCAUCCAUGAAGACCCUCUCUAUUAAUGUCUAAAAGAGUUUUCAAACUGCAUGGAUGGGAGAGAUGGAUUACCCACACUGAUGAAAUUGCCACUCUCUUAAGUAUUGAAGUAUUCUGAACUACAAUAUCCCCUGAGCCAGGGCUAACUGCAAAGCUGCUUCCUCUGGCAUUCAGUGGCUCCAGUACUAUGGCCCCAUGGGCAUAAAAUAUUGGGAUUAAGCCAUGCAACAGGUGCUUAUCAGGGGAGCCAGUAAAUGAGUUGCUGGGUCUCAGUAGCUUCCUAAGAAAGAAGCUACAUUAGAGUUCUUUCUGAUGCCCUUUCUCUGCUUCUGUGCCACCCGAUACAGCCCCUGGAUACCUUGAAAAGUUACAGAGGUAUUCUGCAGCUGAAUCAAGAAAUUGUAUAAAGGGACUGGACAUUCCCUGGAUCAAGCGAGUAUGUUUCUUGUCAGCAAGCAUAUUUUUUUUUUUUUUGCAAACUCCAGGGCUACCUUGUGCUUAUAAGUCCCCCACUGGUGUUAGUGGAAUUAGCUUUUUCCUCCCUAACUAGAAAAUUCAUUCCCUCAGAAACUUCACAAGAGAAAAGAUUACUGCUACUUUUCAUUUUUUUAAGUUGUGUUACUUACAAAAUGCAAUCAUCUGAAUAUAUUGAUGGAAUUAUCAACCAAAUACAUUGACAAAUAUGAGCAGUAUUACUCUUUUGAAGGAAAAAAAAUUGUUUGUUUUCAAUUAGCUAUUUCCCAUCCGUUUUGUAAGAAUUUAAUUCUGUCCUAUUUGUAUGUCUUCUUACAUUUGAAAUAUUUCAUUGACUGUAAUCAGUAUUUAUUGGUGGUUGUACAUGAAUCUUAUUGCUAGACAUCUCUGAUCUCCAGGCAGCUAUUUCUAAAGCAGAGAAACAGAGUGAUUCCAUGAUCUGGGGAUGUAUUCUGUAAAAAGAUUUUGGGUCUUCCUGUUGUCCCUCAGCCUUCUGUUGAUUCCAAGGCUUGAUCAUUUACAAUGACUGGCUGUAGUGACUACAUUUGAUUUAGGGUUCGCUAAAUCAAUUUCAUUGAUCCAUGAUUCCCAGGCUCAUUCUUGGCCAAUUGGGCUUAUUUAGUCUUGUUGAAUGAUAAUUUACCAAAUCACUGAAUUAACUUCCUUUCUUCUUCAGCCUCGAGGAAAGUAAAGAAAAAGGGGAAAAAAAAAAAAAAACAGGAAAAGACAGGAAUCCCAUCUCCUCCAAAAUGAUACAAAGAUUAAGCCCUUCCAUUAUAUGCUUAUAUAUAUUAAACCUCCACCCACACAUAGAAAUAAUUCCCAUUCUGUAGUAUUUUUAAGUUUAUAAAGCACUUUCCUCACAGUCCUGUAAAAUAAGUAGUUUCAAACAUGAUUAUCCCCACUGUCUAGAUGAGAAAACAAUCUCAGAAGUAAAGUGAUUUGGUAGGAUCAUAGGGCUAGAGAAUAUAUAAGCCCAGACUUAAACCCAGGCUCCUGAUCCUAAUAAGAGGUUCUUUCUGGCACAACAGACUAACUCUGGUCUCCACAAACUACUUGCAUAUAUAUAGUUCCCAAAGGGCAGCACGUAUGGUGUUGGGGGAAAUGUCCUGAAUUUGGAUUAAGAAGUACAAAAUUCAAGCUCUACUAUUUACUGUCUACAUGAUAUUCAGCAAAUCACUUAACCUCUCUGAGCAUCAUGUUUCUCCUUUAUAAAAAUACUAACAGGACUCUCCAUGUUGUGUAUUUUAAAAAAAAACUAUAAUGCAAAUAUACACCACUGUAUGUGUUUGCUAUCUAUUUAAGGAUUCUCCAAAGGCAACCUUUGUUAGGAAAAGAAAUCUAAGCCCUUGAAAAUGGAACCUUCUCUAAAAAGCCACUGACAGUACUUUAAGCCUCACAGGGCCAGACAUUAAAAUUUGUGAAUGAUUGAACUCAAAGCCUACUUAAUCCUUAGAGGAAACAUGUUAAACACAAAUUCUAAUAAUUAUAACUGAUGGAUGAUGUUUUAAAGAUUACAAAAUAUGUACAUAUACAUGCACGUCAUACAUAUACAUAUAUGUCAUUUGACACUCAUAGUCCAUAAGUAGUUACUACAGAUAUUACAAUCCCCAUUUUACAUAUGAGUAAGCUGAGGCUAAAAGAGGUUAAGUGACUUGCCCAUGAUAUCAGAGCUAGUAAAUGCCAGCUUUCUUUGGUUUUAAUUCAAAAAGGACAAAGGCCUUCCACUUAACUGAUGUCAUGGACACCAAUUACCUUGAGGAUAAAAUUGUAUUCCCCCUUUAUUUCUACUAACCUAUUUACGCAGUAUCUUCAAAUUAACUAGUUCUUGAACAGGUCAGAUACACGGCCAUGAGAAAGAAGAGAGGCUGGAAAAUGCUUCUUAGACUAUAAACAUUCCUGUGAUGUUCAUUGAUUGCAUUGCAUACUGCAAAUAGUAAAUGCUUAAUAAAUGCAUAUUGAAUAUUGAGUUAAUAUGAGUGAGGUUAGGGCUAAUUUCCUGGAUGACAAAUAAUAAUAACUCACAUGAUGAUAGAUAGUUCUAUUAUAUUUUCAAAGCACUUUUCCCUUCUAAGGGAAGUACUACAAGUGUUGUUAUCCCCAGAUGCUGAGGGGCAGAAAAAAGAAAUGAUUUGCCCAAAGGCCAGAUGGCAGUGAGUUUCGGACUUGGGAUUUGAACCAAUAUCCCCUGACUCCAAGUCCAGGGUGCUCUCCACUACAUUAUACUGCCUCUCAAGAGAACUGAAAAGGCCGCAUUGGACAUUGUGAAGAAAAUGACUAUAGAAUAAACACCAAAACAAAAUGGGGUAGGGGAGAAAAAGGGAAGAUCUGUAUCCAUUGGGACUUCAAAUUGUCUUUUCCUAAUCUGCGAAGUAUCAGAAAAGGGAGAAGGGAAGGUGAGGUCUACCCAAUUCUCAAGAGUCCUUGUGCAUGAAUAUGUAACUUACUCAGUAAUCUUAGGUUCUUUCCCUGUGUCUUUGCCAUUAACUUGCCAUAUGUAUGGCAUGUCACUUAACUUCCUUGGCCUUACCUACAUCCCCCCCAUGUGAGGUCAGCCAUCCUUGCAUUAAGGAAGAGGUUGAUGAGAUGCUCUGGAAAAGGGGAGGUAGAAAGCCAUCUUUCUGUAGUCUGACUUAGACAUGGCCCUUGGGAGCAUUAUUUCCUGAGGUGGCGGUAAAUCCUUUAUGUGGCACCCUCUGCAAAUUCCCAAUUUCCCCAAAGGUUCAGAAAGGAGCUUCAUUUUCCUUCAGGUCCCUCAUGGGAGUUUCAAGUACCUACAGUGGUAUCUGAUUCUCCAGUGGAGAGAACCAACUGGCUCUGCCAAAAGGUCUUUGGCUGUCCAUGCGCACUCCGCUGUGUGGAGCUCCCACCACUUCUGCUCUUGCCCGUGUAUACCAUCCCCUAAUCCAUGCAGAUCUCAGACUGUCUCACCUACUGAUGUCACCAAGACACUAGCUAUCCCUUCUGGGAACCCCAAUCCUUAUUUUGUGAUCUGGGACUGAAUGGAGGUGUUUCUUUUCAUCCAGAUAAACCCCUAAAGCAUUGAACAGCAAUAUUGAGCUUGAUAUUCCAAGUCAUUACCAACUCUGAUUUGUGAAUACAUCCUGUACAGUUCAGAUCCUGUUUCUCUCUCUACUCUUUAAUCCAAUAGAUAUAUAAAUUAGAAGCAUGAAAAUGUGAAUCUCCGAGAAAAAUCAAAGGUCUUUUUCUCUGAUCUUAGAGUAGCACGAGGGACACAUUCUCCUCUGCUCUUGUACAAGUGAGCUAUGAGGAGUCUUUUGUGGGGGGCUUUGCUUUCAUAAUCAACCCCCACCCUUUUCAUUCUGUAUCAUGGGAUAAUAGUAGGAACAGUUUAAAACAGGCAGGGCCAGGAUCUUUGUAGAGAGAAAAACAAAGCUUCCAUUUGACCAGAAUUCUCCAGUCCACAAUUUCCUCGUGGACAUGGCUUGCUGUGCUCUCUGAUCAGUAAUGCUGGCGCAGUACAAACUGACACAUUCCUGAUCAAUGCACCACUUUGCUUGCUAGACAAGAACGUGUGUGUCAGGAAGGGAAGAAUCAAUGACCUUGGUGGGACUUAAUUAGCUUUGUCUCAAGCUCAGCAAGGCCAUUCACCAGCUACUAAAGACUUUUAUGAUCAUCUUUUCAAAACCCCAGCAUUCUUUCUAAAUCAGCUGCUUGGGAGCCAGAGACAGUUUUAGUGAAUUCUCAAGAGCUAUUUUUACAUAAUUAACAGGAUGCAAGAGCUCUUUCUGCUUUCUCUGCUUUCUGCACUGGCCACCUCCUUCCUCUGACUUUCAUUUAGAGCUAUAGGAAAUCCUCAUGUGCCCCACCAGGACAUUACCAGUGGCUGAAUAACUUGGCCCAAGAAACAAAUGAUAGCAAGUAGACUCCUAAAUGGCAAAAUCCUUCCUUUCUACUAAGCAAACAUCCUUUUACAGCCUGGACACAAGCAAAUGACUACACACCCAAGAUUUAUGCACCACUAUGAUCCAGUGCUACAGGUCUGCCUUUGGUAUGGAGUGGGUGAAGCUGAAUGAUUGUGUCCUGGGUUCUUGGGCUAGAAAGAGUAAGAUAGGACCUCCAUUAGGCCAUCUAGCCCUGACAAGUUUUGACAGUAACUUCAACCCUAGCUUUUAAGAUGUCCUUUAGGGGAAGUGACUUUUUUUUUAGGGAGUGGGGGCUCUCCGGAAUAAAUUUUGGUUAGACUGAGUCUCAAAACAUUGCUCCCUCUUGGAUGUAGAGUGGUCACUGCUCCAGCUAAAUGGAGGGACAGAAUAGGAAAAAAAAAUUGAUUCCACAAAGUAAAACAUUAGUCAUAUAAAGAGGUAGAAAGAGCUACUACCCAAAGGAGAAAAAAAAUUUUCCCACUGACAACCUUGGUAACUGUAACACAAGUUCACUAGGAUGAACCCAUAUCAAAAGUGCUCCAAGACCAUGCCAUGAUGAGCCCCUAGCCAUCAGGAUUCAUGUAAGAUAUUAAAUCCACCUGUUGGGGCUUUGGGUCAGGAAAGACCUGUUAUUAUAGGUCACUGAUAACUAUGCACAAAGUCUGAGAGGGUGAGACAAAAAUAUUUUUCUACAAUAGCACAGGAAACUCUUAGGAGAUAGAGAGGGGUCUUUCCAAUAAUCCUCAAUCUGGAAAGCAGCAUAUUGACUUUGUCCUAAGAGAUGAGAGUUAAGAUUCUAUGCAUUUGAAGCUGUAUUUAUUCCAGAAUAGAUGGAGACAGAAACAAUGGAUGUCCUAUACUGAAAAGGUAAGGUUGAUAACUGGUUAAAAUGAGAAGAGCAUUGUCUUGUAUUGAGAUGGCACCUGCAAGGAAGUUGUGGAAGCCCGUGGGAAACGCAGCUUAACAGCAGCAAAACUCGGUGCACAUGUUUUGAUGUCAGUAUAAUACAGUAGUGACAUUCUGUGAUAUAUGCUGACCGAUGUAUACCUGUGGGUUUGGGUUUGCUAAUGUAAUACAUUUCAAUAAAAACCUAUGGAAAACAUA